UGCAACCUUGGCUUUUGCUCUCACUACAUGGACUAGUGAUGUUGUCGUCGAAUUGAGUAACUAGUCCAUGAAUGAGCCGCAGAACGUUUACAGCCUAGAGCCAUUAAUGUGCCGAUUUGAUCGUUGUACUGGCAGGGUAGUUAUCUUCUUUUAGAUUGUAUUACAUCCUCCAAAAACCACUUCUAUCUGUACUUUAUCCAAGAAACACAUUGACUUCUGUAACCAUUCGGCUAUUUUAAAGUUCGCCCUUCGACACACUUUCAGCCUAAUGGCCAUGUUCGAUAAUCCAGCAGUUGCUCCAGGCUCUAUCGUUCUUGUGACUGGGGCUAACGGUUUUGUUGGUGCCCAUGUCGCAGACCAGCUGCUCCAGCAGGGCUAUAAAGUGAGAGGCACAGUUCGCGACGCCAAGAAGCACCAAUGGCUUGCAGAUCUCUUCACGAACAAGUAUGGCGAAGGUAGAUUUGAUCUCAUCACUGUCAAGGACAUGAAAGAGCCUGAUGCGUUUGACGAUGCCGUCUCCGGUGUCUCCGGCAUUGUACAUGUUGCUUCGGUGAGAAGUAUGAAUGUUACACCUGAGGAGUUGCUUCGAAUCACUGUGGCCGGCACGCUGGGCUGCCUGCAGGCUGCAUCUAAAGAGCCAAGUGUACAGCGAUUUGUACUGACUUCGUCUUCUGCCGCGGUCCGCUCGCUGCAGGCAUACCGUGGAACUGAUACUGUAUCUGCGGACGAGUAUGACAAUCAGACUCUGGCAUUAGCCCAGGAUAUCCCGGCAGCCGCGCCACCAAUGCAGAAGUUCAUGAUCGCCUACUUUGCUUCUAAGGUUGCGGCUGAACAAGCUUUCUGGAAAUGGGUGGAGAAUCACAAGCCACAUUUCUCCACCAAUUCCGUGCUACCCUGCACUAUCUAUGGUAGCCCACUGGAUGUUCCUCACCAGGGCUUUCCGUCUACCUCAAAGAUACCUCUUCAAAUCCUAGACGGCGACACGAAUUCCAUCCCGCACGUACAACGCUUUUAUUAUGUCCACGUGCAAGACGUCGCUCGGCUCCAUGUUGCCGGGUUAAUUGACCCAGCAACCGAGAACGAACGCAUUUUUGCAUAUGCGGGCCCAUAUUCUAUCAAUGAGUUCUUCGACAUCUUUGCAGAUAUCGUCCCAGGUUACAAAGCUCCACAGGAUAUUGCAGGGCUCGAUUUUCCGCUGGCCGAGAUCGGACCUCGAGGGAAGGCGGAAGCUCUCUUGAAGAAAUUGGGUCGACCGGGUUUUAUGGGACUGGCAGAGACGGUUGCCAGCAGUGUUCAGACGCGCGUAUCUGACCCUAGUAGCUCAAAUACUUCAUAAUACAUGGCAAUUCCCAGUUGAUGUUCUGUCGUAGCGCAACGUUACAAACAUGCUAACCUUUGCGUGUCGGUACUUGCUAGUGUGUAUUACAUCAAAAUGGACCAGUAACCUGCGUUUGUAUCUUAUCUCGCGAUAAUACAAAUGAGCUACAAGUGGAAGGAAAUAGCACAUGGACGACGAGG